CGACGUUCGGCUGUGUUGCGUGGACAAGUCCACUUCCCGUUCGGCGCUACCCCCGCGCCGCUGUCGUCCUCCACAUGACCAAUAAUGAAAUGGACGCUGCGCUGAUGCAGUUUGUCAACGCCCUCGGCAUUGUUAUCACGAUCGGCCUCGUCGGGUUCCAUUACAUGACGUCGGACGAGAAAGACGAUGAAGAAUAAUGGAACGAUCGUUAUUUAGCACGUAUCCCCAUACAUGCGGCUCCCAAGCACAGCAUCGCGUCUAAUCUCCCUGCCAUCGUCGAACAUGAUUGACUAACCUCAGGACUUUCCCGCGCAGACAUCGUUGCUCUCACUUCACGCGCCAUAACUUCCAGCACAAUGAUCGACCCUCCCUCCAUGAGCACACCAGGAAACACACGACGAC